AUGAUUAGUGCAUUGUUUUUAUAUUCUCCCAGAGGGGAUUUGAUUAUUUCAAAAUUAAUCAAGGACAAUAUUAAAUUAGGUGUUUCAGAGAUUUUUAGGAUACAGGUUAUCAAUAACUUAGAUGUACGAUCUCCUAUUUUAACCCUGGGGUCGACAACGUUCCAUCAUAUAAGAUCUAACGGGGGAUUAUGGCUUGUUACAGUUUCGCGUGGCAAUACGGAUAGUGCAGGAAUAUGGGAAUUCCUAUAUAAUUUUAAUAAGUUAUUGGAAGUUUAUGAUAUUAAUAGUGAAGAUAGCUUACAAGGUGACUUUAUGUUAUGUUAUGAAAUCCUGGAUAUAGUGUUAGACAAUGGAAUUCCACGAGAUACCGAAUUAACACAUAUUAUGCCAUACAUAUCUAAGAAACCUUUAUCUGAGAAUUUAUUAGGUUCUGACGAUAUAUUAAAUACACCAUCGUGGUUAGUGAAGGCUGGAGCUAGAGGCAUGUCAUCGGAGAAUUUGGGUUUGACCAGUAAAGAUAUGUGUCUGUGGCGAUCAGAGGGGAUUAGGUACAAGAAGAAUGAAGUUUACUUGGAUGUAUUUGAACAUAUUUCUAUUUUAGUGAACAAGGAUGGGGCCAUUUUAAAGUCAUAUGUGGACGGCAGUGUACAAUGUGUUGCACAUCUCUCGGGAAUGCCAGUUUGCCAGUUUGGAUUCAAUGACUAUUUAUCACCAAGUAGCAAUACGCAAUCUUCCGGAAAUGAUGGAUGGGCAGAAGAAGAGAAUGGGACUAAAGCCAUAAAGAAUGCGAUCACCGGAAGUGUUAUUUUGGAGGAUUGUAAAUUUCAUCAAUGUGUGCAAUUGGACAAAUUUGACCAGGAGAGGGUUAUUAGGUUUGUACCUCCUGAUGGGCUUUUUGAGUUAAUGAAAUACCAUGUUAGAGAUAACCUAAAUCUUCCAUUCAAGGUUACUCCAAUGGUGACCACUCUGAAGGGUAAGUCUGUUGAGUAUCGCAUAACACUGAAAUCUUUAUUUCCAAGUAAGCUCUGUGCAAAGGACGUUGAGUUGUACAUUCCAGCUCCUCCAGAUACUGUCAAUGCCAAGAUCAAUGUCUCCAGUGGUAAGGGUAAAUUCAUACCGGAGGAGAAUGCUAUUGUUUGGAAGAUACAUAAAUAUCAUGGGUUGACUGAAAACGUAUUUUCUGCCGUUAUUGUUCCUAUGGGGAACGGUAAUGAUUCUUUAAAUCUAGAGCAGUGGUCUCGACCACCGAUCUCAGUACGGUUUGAAAUAUCUAUGUUUAGCAAUAGUGGUUUAGUUGUCAGAUAUUUGAAGGUAAUGGAAAAGGACCUCAAUUAUAAUACAGUAAAGUGGGUCAAGUAUAUAUCGAAGUCCGGUGCUUAUGAAGUCCGUUAUUGA